AUGGAGCAGCAGAAGGAAGAGACAGGGCCGGAAGGGAACAACCUGUCUCUGCCGUCACCUGGGACUGGGCCUUUCCCAACCCUGCCACCUUCUCUCCUGGGCACCUCAGGCCCAGCGCACCUGGGGCUCCCUGAGAGCGUGGCCUCUGUCACCGUUCCCAUCCGCCUGGAUGCCCUCUCCUACCUCCUGCACAGUGCCUUGCUCGGGGCCUGUAACCUUCAAGAGUCCCUGCCUUCCUGCACCUGCAACCCCCACGCUUGUGACUCCCAGCCUCGCCCUGCCAGGAGGUCAUUCAGGGGACGAGGGGACUGGGACGUCCCUCGACGGUCAGGCUGGGGCCGGGGCCAGCGGCGAUGGGGACCUGGGAGGUCUGAGCAGCCAAACAAGCUCUGGGCCGGGGAUUCUGGGGCUGGCCCCAGGACCCCACCCACGAUGCCGUCGUUAUCACCAACACUGCCUACUCAAGAUGGGAAGAAGGAAACCCGAGGUCCGGAGCCACCCCUGGCCACCCCACCUGUCUCUGAGGACUGGGACACCGAGUACUAG